AAGAUGGCAUUACCAUAAAGGCAGCUUCAAAUAGAAUCUCCUACCAAAAAGGCUUAGCAAAAUGUCAAGCUGACGGCAAAGGGCUUUGCACCUCGAAAACGAUAUGCAAGGAUAACAAAACCCCUUACAGCGGACCUCUUUCAGGAGACCACUGGGUACCUGUAAAGGACAGCUACAACGAAUGGUUACAAAUUGGUAAGACAAAAAUAUUUUUGAACUAGUGCACUAACAACAUGACAAGUUCCUUCAUAAAUCAUCAAUUGUUUUGUUAAUGCUACCAUGUUGUAUAAAACAUUGCUAAUACUAAAAUAACAGGUUGUUACAAUUUGUCAAUAAACCUUUCCAGAAAGUAUGCCACUUUGGCUAUGGAUACUUUUAAUUUGUUCGUGUAUGUGUCAUUAGGUGAAGCCUAACAUUUAAAUCACGAAGAUAAAGCUCUAUCGCCCAAGCAGUAUUUGCCGGAGCGUGUAUCGAGAAUAUAUAGCAUUUUAACCGGUGUAGUUGUUGUAAAUCGUAACAAGAAAUAAAACUUAUAUAUUUCCUCAAAUCCUUUGCAAAUUACGUCACUUUUACUUCCCACGGUUGCUAAAAGCUGUAGGGAAAAAAUUCUGAGGCAGAUUAAUGGUAACUCUAAACUACCUGAGCAAACCCUGACACUCAGUUAUUACUGUACGUACUCAAAGUCGUUUAUUCUUUUCUUAGGUAAAGCUCCGCACAAACCAUGCACUCUUCACUCUCAAUUGGGAUCUAAGCCCAAGUGGGGAAUGACCACAAGUAGUCAUUCCUUCAAGGGAAUUCUGUUCUGUUGCAAGAAAUAA